UCGCCUGCGACCCACCUCACGCCGGCCCAGAUGCAGUUCAUCCAGGCCCAGCUGCACCUGCAGCGGAACCCGGGCCUCGGCCCGCGGGCGCAGCCCAUGAAGCCCGCGGUCCCCGUGCCGGCGGCGGCGCGGCGGCCGCAGAAGCUGUACCGCGGCGUGCGGCAGCGCCACUGGGGCAAGUGGGUCGCCGAGAUCCGGCUCCCCCGCAACCGCACGCGGCUGUGGCUGGGCACCUUUGCCACCGCCGAGGAGGCGGCGCUGGCCUACGACCAGGCGGCGUACCGCCUCCGCGGGGACGCGGCGCGGCUCAACUUCCCUGACGUCGCGGCCUCCAGGGCGCCGGUGGGCCCGGCCGUGGACGCCAAGCUGCAGGCCAUCUGCGCCACCAUCGCCGCCGCGUCGUCGUCGUCCAAGGGAGGCAGGGCCAUCGCGGUGGCGGACGAGGGGUCCCAGAGCAACAGCUCCUGCUCUUCCGACGCGAGCUCGGUGCCCGGGUCGGAAGACGAGAUGUCCUACUCCACACCGCCGGCGGCGGCGGAGAUGGGGCAGCUGGACUUGGGCGAGGUGCCGUGGGACGAGGCCGAGAGCUUCGCGCUCCGCAAGUACCCGUCCUACGAGAUCGACUGGGACUCCCUGCUCGCCAACUAGCAGUUUCUUAAGAGGACCGUGUUCAAGAAGAGGAAGAAGAAGACGAGGGUUGAGAUGACCAUGAGGUCGGACCCCAUCAACGGCGACACACACCAAUAGACACACGGUUUUAGCUGGAGGAAGUACGGCCGCCAGAAAGCAUGUUAUUGGAGGAAUAUGUCUUUUCUUUUCUUUUCAGAGCCUACUAAAUCUGCACGUUUGUGUUUCUCGCAAUAAUUUGCGUCUGCCUUUUGGGCUAGACCGUUCUUUCUGAACGUUGUAGGCCCGUAGCCUUCCUUCUGUUUUCAAAUGUUUUUUUUUUUCGAACCAAAUUGGCAGAGAUCCGCCCUUCACUAGGAAGCAGAGUUUUAGAGACACUAAUCACAAGGCAAAGACCUUCGGUCAAGGUCUAACUUUAAA